GUAUGAUGUACUGUCAAAUGUCAAGUUUGGGCAUGUGAAGGAGAUAACUUAUCCAGCCCCUAGUCAAAUGUGACACUUUUCUGACCAUAAGAAGAAAUCCAUUUUUUAAUUUUUUUUAGAAAAAUGGUCAGGAAAAUAGUCCUAAGACCUGUCAUAAGCACACUCCAGCGAAUGGCAGUGUUUGACGUUAAAGAUAAACUAACUAUUGUCGGUUCGAACAAUAACGAGACCCUCUUCAGAAUCCUGCACAUCAACCGCAUGGUGCCUAAAGACUUGGAAAUCAUCGAUGAUGGCGUCGAGUACACGAGGGAUGAGAUAGACACAUUCCUCAGGGGUAUUGGAAGGUCCAAUGUGAAAAAAGUCUCUGCUUUUGGAAUUGUCGGAUUUGUGAAAUUUAUGGAAAGCUAUUACUUAAUACUUGUAACAAAAAGGAGGCGAGUCGCUGCGAUCGGUCUGCAUUACAUAUACAAAAUUGAAGAUACUGAGAUGAUAUACAUAGCGAAUGAAGCCAUCCGUGUCACCCACCGGGAUGAAGCCAGAUACCUUAAAAUGUUCCAAAGCAUUGACCUGCGGAGUAAUUUUUAUUUCAGUUAUAGUUAUGAUAUAACACAUACUUUACAAGUGAAUAUGGCUAUACCGAGGGCAAUAAAAGAUGACCUGGAAUCUCAUAGCAGAAAUGACCAUGUAUUGAAUUUCAGAUCGAAGAGAAAUGAAUACUUCGAGUACGAAAUUAAAGGGAAACCGAAUAGAAAAUUCGUCUGGAACAAUUAUUUACUCUCCCAGGUUGAGGGCCAUCUCAACUCGAACUGGAUUUUGCCCAUAAUGCACGGCUUUGUGAGCCAGUCAAUAGUCAGCAUAUUCGGCAGAUCCGUCUUUGUGACACUGAUCGCAAGGAGGUCGAACAAGUAUGCUGGUACUAGGUUUCUUAAAAGAGGAGCAAAUUUAGAUGGCGAUGUAGCGAAUGAGGUCGAAACUGAGCAGAUUGUCGAGGAUAUGGGCGUCAGCAGCUGGAACAUAUGCCCAAGGAUAUCGAGCUUUGUACAGAUGCGAGGCUCGAUACCUGGACAUUGGAGUCAGGAUAUCAAACUUGUACCGAAACCGAGCAUAUACUACGAUCUCACGGAUCCUUUUGUGGAAACUCCAGGAAAGCAUUUUAAGAUGCUUCAUGAGAGAUAUGGAUCUCCUAUAGUUGUACUAAAUUUGGUAAAACAGAGAGAAAAGAAAAAGCAUGAAUCCACCUUGAGUGAACAGUUCAGGUCUGAUAUCUUAUAUCUCAACCAGUUCUUACCUCCUGAGCAUGAAAUUCAAUAUGUUCCUUUUGACAUGGCAAGAAAAAAUAAAGGGAUCAAAGCGAAUGUGCUAGGAAGCCUUGAAAAAAUUGCAGAAAACGCCAUUUCCAAGACAGGGAUGUACAUUUAUAACCCAUUAGGGGAGAAGUUUCAAACCGGAAUAAUAAGGGUAAACUGUGUCGACUGUCUUGACAGAACAAACACAGCUCAGUUUGCAUUGGGGAAAUACGCCUUGGCAUGCCAGCUAAAAAGUCUGGGUUUUCUUAGUAACGAGGAGUUGAAUUUUGACUGUGACUGUACAAGAAUGCUUGAGGUUCUUUACGAGGACCAUGGUGACACCCUCGCCCUACAAUAUGGAGGAUCUCAGCUCGUACAUAGGAUCAAAACUUAUCGGAAAACAGCACCAUGGACAUCACAAGGAAACGAUAUAAUGCAAACCCUCAGUAGAUACGUCAGCAACACUUUUUCUGACGCUGAGAAGCAACAUGCGAUGAAUGUUUUCCUAGGUCUUUUCAUCCCUUCGGAAAAUUCCACGCCGAUAUGGGAAUUGACCACAGAUUAUUACCUCCACAAUCCAUCCACUAUGAGAGUAAAUAUUCGCAAGGAAACCAGGCUUCCUUUAACUCAAUGGUGGGGAGAAGAAGUCCAUAGCCUGGCGAAAAAUUGUCGAGACCGUGAUGUACAAUAUUUUAGAAAGGUCGACAAGAAUAGUAAAGUGGAUGCUUACAGUGAUUUUCACAGGCCGAACGAGUACAUUCCUUUUAGUGAUCUCUUUAUAUUUACGAUGACACAUACUUUACGGGAUUUUGCACCUCAGUAUAUAACAGAUUUCAGCCCAUUUACAGUAAGAAGGGGACCAGGGAGAAGACGAGAGGAGACAAAGGGGACGAGGAAUCCGUCCCUUUCUGGACACUGUUCGACAAAUAGCAAUACCAGCAGUGAUAGCUCCUGUCAAGAAAGCGAAGACGAGGAACCAAAAAUCGAAUCAAAACAACAGUCUUCGCCAGCGAAACAAAGUUUACAAUUGUACGAAGUACCUCCUCCCCCACCACUAGUAUCAAUUAAAAUGCCAUCAGCCCAGGAUACUCUUCUAUAUAAAAGCUAUGUUGUGAUGCAGAGAAAGGCUACUUACAUGAAAGAUAAUUAUUCCCAGUUGGCUAAUGUCUUCAACCCCGUGACAAAAUUUAAUUUUGAAUCAUCCUUUGAGGUCUCAGUGCCUAAAGUGAGCACCGAAUCGAGAACAUUUUAUGAGAACUAUGUCAAUAAAUGCUACGACACUUUGGAUAAAUGCCUGACCUCAAAACAAAUCGAGGAAUACAUAAGGUAUACAAAAAACGAAUUUAUCGGCCUUAAAUCAAUGUGGGAAUAUUAAUUCUCAACAUUUUUGUAUAAAGUUAAGAAAUGAAAACUUUUAAAAUAGCUAUAUCGUGCAGUUUUGUAUAAAGAAAAA